GCGUGUGUAUGUGCGUGUGUAUUCGUGUGCGUGCGCGGGUGUGUAUUGGGAGGAUUUGGAAAGUAUGCAGCUAGCACAGAUUGGAUAACCUGUUCUACCUGUUGGGCUGUUGAGGCUUCCUGGCACCGACUUGCUGAGUCUCACGUAGGAAAAAAAAGACACAGGCACUGAUGCCUGUUAACCAACUCUCCUGAACGUUUCCACUUUCUUUUCUUUGUAAAAGGGAAGUGAGUAAACCGGCGAGUCAGUUCUUAUUUCGCGUGUCAGAGCCUUUGUCUUCAGAGUGACUUGGCUCCCAAACUCACCGGGCUGUGCAGAAAAUGGCCGCUUCGCCAGAGAUGACGGCGUCCGUGCCGAUCUGCCGGAAGCACAAGGCUCCCCUGGGCCUGUACUGUGUGGAGAUGGAAGAGCUGGCUUGCGAGGGCUGCAAAGAGGCUUCGGGGCGCAAGAAAUAUCGGUUCUGGACGUUGCGAGAAGCCGCCGAAGAGCACAAGGUGGUCCUCAGGAUCUCUCGGGACAAGCUGUUGGCGAAAGUGAAGGGACACGAGAAAGCGCAGAGAGUCUUUUCCGACAUGGCCAAACAUCUUAAGAGCCAGGCCCAGCAGACGGAGAGGCAGAUAAAAGACGAGUUCGAGAUCCUCCACCGUUUUCUGCGGGAGGAAGAGGAGGCCAGGAUCGCCGCGCUGAAGGAGGAAGAGGAGCAGAAGCGUCGGACGCUGAAGGAGAGGAUUCAGGGGAUAACUGAAGAGAAGUCCUCUGUCUCAAACACAAUCAAGACCAUCGAGCAGGAGCUGGAAGCUGACGACAUCCUCUUCCUGCAGAACUACAAGGACACAGUUUACAAAACGUGGCGGUCCCUGCAGGAUCAGCAAUGUCAGCCCGGUGUGUACAAGCUGAUGUCCAAAGUAUCUGAGAUGAUGAAAUUACCAGGCCAGGUCCAUGCUGACACAGUGCAAAGGAUGUGCAAACCACAUCCGGAACCCGAGCCAAUCACAGGGGGCCUGAUCGACGUGGCCAAACACCUGGGCAAUCUCAAGUACCGAGUCUGGGAGAAGAUGCUGGCGAUUGCACCGUACAGUCCUGUGUCCCUGGACCCCAACACUGCUACCUUUCACCUCUCUCUCUCUGAGGGACUGACCAGUCUCAAGUACUGCACGGACAACCCUCAGCUCCCCGACAACCCGGAGAGGUUCACCUCCCGAGCCGAAAUGCUGGGGUCCCGGGGCUUCGCCUCCGGGACACACCACUGGGACGUGGACGUGGGGGACAACACCAGCUGGGCGGUGGGCGUGGCCACGCAGUCCGUCCUGAGGAAGGGCCGAAAUCGAGGGGUGGGGAUCGUGGCCCUGCGUCUGGACAACGGAAGCUACCGCGUGAAAACAGCGCACCUCCCGGAACAGGGGAGGCUGCGGAGGGUGCGGGUCGAGCUGGACUGGAACAACGGAAGAGUCGUCUUCUCCGACCCGGUCCGUAACCGCCCCGUCGCGGACGUCAGCUUUCCCUUCACGGAGCCGGCAUUUCCGUACUUCUACAGCUCGUGCGAGGACCACCCGCUGCGGAUCGUUCCGGAGAAGGUCAGCAUCACUGUCGGAGCUCCGAAGCAAGGGGAAAGCAGCGCUUUGCCCGGGAUUUAUCACUGGUUUUGGUAGGAAAAUCUGGAGGGUUUGGAGAUGACCUUCCUUACAUAAGUAACAUGGAAAUUUAUGGUUUAACCAAUCAGCAAUGUGUUUGUUCAGUGCACAGCCAAUCCAAAGUCUACUUGCUGCACCAGAAUGAACAUUAAUGGGCAAAUCAGAACUGGAGUACUCCUGCUAAGAAAUGGCAUACAUUACAAAAAAAAAAAAAAAAAAAAAAAACGAACUCUUGUUACAUUCCUGACUAUAGAUUCUCAAAUACUUAAUUUUAUUUUAUUUUUAUUAUUAUUUUAUUUUAUGGUGCUUUGUCAUGGUUCCAUAUUCCGUUUGCUACUGGGCAUCGUUGUUUGUGCUAAUCGACGCCUUUUCGUGCUAAUCGGCUACUUGGGAUCCCUGUUGAGGGAACUGAAUGUUUAUUCUGGGAACUGAGUGGGGUAAUCUUCAGGGCCGCCUGAGGGCGCUCCGUGAUUUCCUUUGAUUACGACCGAAUGUUUGCACCUGAUCGAGAGAGCUUAUAUACGCUCACGUGAGACCUGUUCUUCGCUUUAGUGUCUACUUACGUACGCGAUAGCCAGGUACAGAGAAAAGCUCUCUUAGAGAAAAGUGUGGUAAGGAAAAAGGUUUUGAUUUAGUAGUAAGACUUCGGUCCUACUAAUCACUCAGCUGCAAUCUUUAUUUUCCUUUAAACGCCGUUUUUGCCUUCCUCGUUACGAGGCACCUUUUCUUUUGCUUUUCUCCCGACUGCACUGCAGUCUUUACUAAAAUUCUACUCACUCCUUACGCCUUAGUUCUUUCUCCCGCAGAGACUAUUACUUCGUGUUUGGAUAUUCUCCCUUAGGAGUUUAGUCUUUUCUUUUCGUUACCCCUUCUCUCAAGUCUCUUACUGAGACCCAGUGGUUAUUCCACUUCGGUGGGUAACUUAAAGAAACCCCCCUUUGAAUUCACUGUAGUUGCGUGUGGUCCUUAACACUUUUCCACCCUCACGUGCUUCUUUUAUUUACAGAUUCUAUUUUCCGCAAUUUAAAAUAAACCAAAACUGCUUCAAUGGAGUAUCACUGAUAUCAGAUGUGUACUUGAUAAGAUACACACUCUCUAGAGAAGCGACUCAUCAGCCGGCCAGACACUGAGCUCUCUUGCAUUUUUACUCACAUUUAUACACAGCAUUUGCAUUAUUAUUAUUAUUAUUUUAUUUUAUUUAUGGAUACGUACUGACGAAAUUCACAAAGGGUACAAUGGUGAUGCCCUACCAGGGAACUGAAUCUAGGCAGGUCACAGACCCAGUGUCCCAACCAUUAUGCUACACUGCCGUUGCUAUGUUGUGUAGAACACAACACGCCACAGAGACUGCACUGCCUUUCCGAAGGCCAGAUUGUAACGGAUCACCUGAUUGGUCCAAACAUCCGAAAGAAAUUUUUAACAUUC